UUGCGUUCUGUUGCUUCCUUACUGCUUGCCUUUAGCAUGGCCAUGAAAAAUAGACCGUGUAAACUAAUGAAAGAUCCGUAAUUCGUUCUAAAAUGGUUAGACGAUCACGAAGAUUAAUUUGACGAGUGCUAGUUUAUAUGAGCUACCGGACAUUGACAUCUAGAAAGAUGUUGUUAAACAAGCAGGUGGACCGUAUAUACAUAGAGAGCCUUUUUAUCUUUUGUAUGUCGAGUGUCAUAAAAUGCUAUAGCGUACCAUGUACGUUCAACACCAUGUGUAUGUGUUGGAUUCAAGACGAUGAAGAUUUCACGAAGAUGGAUAUCAAUUGCAUAGGAAUACCAUUUGCCAGAUUUCCAGAUGUCUCCGUAAGUUACGUGGCUCAGUUGGAUGUAGUUGGAUCUGGGAUCCAGGCGUUGGACAACGACGCGCUCACGAGUUCAGUUGGUGUCGAAGCUUUGGGAUUAAUGAGCAAUCGAUUGUCCAACAUUGGUGAUAAAUCCUUUUCAGGUAUUGCGGAUAGUUUACGUUCACUGGAUCUCAGCUACAAUGCCUUGGAGGACGUGCCAUUUAAGGUCUUUCGCGAUCUAAAGAAACUAAACUGGCUCAACAUGCACAGUAAUCAUUUAACAUCGCUGGAUGGUGACUGGGGACACUCGAAGGAUGCACUAACAAACGCCUUCUUCGGAGAUAAUUCAAUCAUCGAGAUACCAAAAAUAUUCAACACGUUCGAAUCUCUAGCUUGGUUGAAUCUCGACAACAAUAACAUCGAGGAACUAUUGGAAGACAGUCUACCUCCCAAUAUACACACUCUAAGUCUCAAUAGCAACCUUUUAAAAUCCUUUCCAUCCUCCUUGAAAUCCUUAAAACAUCUCACGUGGUUGUAUCUGAGAGGCAACGACUUUAAAAGCCUUGAACUGCCCGAUUUCCAAAGUUCAAAUUUAGAACUAGUCGACGUCAGCGAAAAUUGCAUCGAAUGGAUUGGUACACUAAGCCUGACCAACCGAACCUUGAAGAUUAAAGAUUUCAAUCUGGACAGCAAUAAGUUGACAUCGUUAACUACUGGUAUUUUUGAUGGUCUCGAGACUAAAAGGAUUCACUUGUCCUCGAAUUCGAUCAAGAACGUUGACGAUGAUGCUUUCCGAGGGCUUGAGGAUAUGCUGGAAUAUCUGAACCUGGAGAAUAACGAUCUUUCCAGUGUUCCUACAGCAGUUAGUCGAUUGAAGAAAUUAUCGUACCUGUAUCUUGCUAAUAACGAUAUAAGGAACAUAUCUGGCGAUGCAUUUUAUGAGUUUGCAGAGAAUUUGCGGGCUCUUUCAUUGGCUACGAACAGCUUGGAUGCGGUGCCAGUUGCGGCUGUAACCAGGUGUCAGAGGUUACUCCAUCUUAAUCUCGGCUACAACAAAAUCUCUUAUAUUCAGCCGGGUGACUUCGAAUGGGCAGAGGAUCUUGAAAUUCUCUUGCUUAGAAACAAUAUCUUGACGAAACUGAAAGACGAAACGUUCAAAGGAGCAAGGAAACUGAAGGAGCUCAGUUUGUCUUUCAACCACUUAACGGAGCUCGACGACGAUUGCUUCGUUGGUAUCGAGGAGAGUCUCGACAUUCUCGAGUUGAGCUUCGCUUUCGCGACCGACGUGUUCCCUCAACGAGCACUCAGGCCCCUUUCGAAUUUACUGUGGCUCGUUUUGGAUAACAACAACUUUCAGACAAUCGAGGCGACCGCGUUCUAUUCCUUCCAGCGAUUACGCUACAUCAACCUGGAAUCGAAUCGACUUCACUAUCUGCCUGAACGAAUAUUUCUGUCCAGCGUCCAUCCCGAGCUUCGCGAUGUGAAGCUCGGUUACAAUUUCCUGGAAGCCAUUCCAGACUUCAGCUUUCACAAUCUGACCGAAUUGAGAUCGCUGGAUCUGACCGGGAAUAGAAUAAAGAUUCUUAAUUCCGAUUCCAUUAUGGAUUGCCCGGAAUUGGUGACGCUAUCGUUGGCUUACAAUCGGAUCACUAAAAUGGAGAAGAAUGCAUUUUACGGUCUGCCUAGCUUGCGUUUUCUUCAUUUGGAGUUUAACAAAUUGGUGAUGCUAGAUCUGGACGCGAUCGCGGAUAUCGGCGGACCAGAUUUUGCUCUCAACGUUUCAUAUAAUGCGAUUUCGACCAUAAAUUCUGGAAGCUUCACGAAUAAUUUGACGAGAUUGGAUUUGAGUUUCAAUAACAUCAGUCAUUUGCCAGCGGACACGUUUUAUGGAACACCGGAGUUGAAAAGUUUGGAUCUGCAGAGUAAUUUCAUCGUUGUUCUUGAAUCAGGCACCUUUACGCUGAGACACUUGGAAACGCUAAAUCUGCGAAACAACAAGAUAGAAAGCUUACGGAAACAAUCUUUCCACGGUUUAGAAUUACUGCAACAGUUAGAUUUAAGUGGAAAUCAGAUUACUCAACUAUCCACCGAGCAAUUCCGUAAUCUAAAGAAUUUACGAAUCCUGAAUUUGUCUGGGAAUAAAAUAAGAUCCCUACCAAGAGACGUUUUCGAAGGGACAAAAUUGGAGAUUCUUGACCUAAGUAAGAAUAAGUUCACCGUGGUACCAUCGCCAUCUUUUCUCGAGGUUGGCUAUACCUUACGGGAUCUUAAUUUAGCGGACAAUUUUGUGGAUCAUCUAGACUCUACUGCUUUUCCAACUUCGCAAUUGGUUUCUUUAAAUUUGGCGCAUAACAGGCUAACCAUCCUGCCAGACAAUUCGUUUGUUUCUUUGGGAAAACUUCUAAGCCUCAAUGUAUCUCAAAAUAUUCUUCAAGCGAAUUUUAAGGAACUCUUUCAUUACUUGCCUGGGUUAAGGCAGCUGUAUUUGGCUAAUUGCGGUCUUAGAGACAUACCUCUUCUUCCACUGACGAAUUUAAACGUCUUAGAUCUGUCUUUUAAUCAUAUACACUCGACGUCUGACAAGCAGUUCCAGUAUUUGAAGGAUUUGAAGAUCCUGUGGUUGGUGAAUGAUUCGUUGAUUUCUAUGCCCAAUGUGAAAUUAAGUCUCUUGAGAGAACUUGAUGUGUCUGGCAAUCCAAUAGAGGAACUGACGAAAGAGAGUUUCCUGGGCUACCCAAGAUUGGAGAAACUGAAUCUAAGAAACCUGAAUAAAACCAGAUCGGUGGACAAAGAUUGCCUUCGCGUCUUAAAAUAUCUGAAACAUCUUCGGAUUCAAACGUGGCCUGAAGCGGACGGAUUUCAUCUCCGACACCUGUUAACUGGAUUACCAUUAAGAACCGUGGAGAUUCAAGUAACAGAACAUUUGCUGAAACAUCAGAUACAAAACGCUUUCACAAAGCAGCUGAGAGAAUUGACUAUUUCGGGAAGUGAUCUCGAGGUAAUUUCUUCAGAAGCGUUCUCCACUAUCGAAGGUGGUGAAUUGAUAUUAAGGAUCAGGGAUACUCGAGUCCGGAGACUGCAGUCGGAUAUGUUUCUUUCUUUGACGAAGAGACUCUCCCAAUUGACUUUGGACUUGAGGAACAAUCAUAUCAACGAACUUAGUCCUUCGGUUAUUUAUGGGAAUCUUUCGUGGGAGAGCGUUGGCACCAAUAUGGUUGCUGGCGGUUUACAGGUAUCUGGAAAUCCUCUUGAAUGCGAUUGCGAGAUCGCCUGGCUCAGCUUAUGGUUACGAAGAUGGCUACGAGAGUCUCGUCAAAUCCAUACAGCUUCUCAAUCGGAUGCUCGACAGCUGAGAACGAUCGCUGGGAGAGCCGUCUGUACCGAAACCACACCGUCAUAUUCAUCUGACAAAGUUUUGUUAACUUUAGGGACCCCUCACACUGCCUGUCAAGCCUCUGCUCUUAGCUCUGGUAACUACGAAAGACUAGCUACCACUUGGCUGGCUAUAGUGGACAUCAUUCUCCUAACGAUAAUCGCGCCUACUGAAUCGUUUAUUUUAUAUUAAAACGAAGAGAUCAUUAUGGUUUUACCAUCUCCCACAUAUUUUUUAUUUCAACAUGUACAUCAUAAGGCAAUUAAAUAUAUUUAAUUCCUAUAUUUAUUUAAAUAUAGGAAUUAAAAUAUAGUUUUUUCAUAGUGGUUUUCGAAUGAUUUAAAAUCAUUGUCUUCAAUGAUAAUUACAGAGGAGAAAUUUAUGAGUGGCAAAGUGUUAAAUUUGUAUUUACAAAAAUGUGUAAAUAUGUUGCCUUAAAUAAUUUGAUUUAAUUUAAUAGCGUCGAUGAGACUUAAAUAUUAAUGUAAGAAAAGUAUGCGCACAAAUGAUGUUACCUUUACUAGUGGUAAGUUUAAUACUAGCUGUUUGUUUAACAUGUUACUAUUUAUGUUUGAAAAAUAAAGGAUUUUUAUAGUAAGACUUUA